UCAUAGUGGCCUGUAUGGUUCCCAAAAGCCCACAUUUGUUCACUUUACUGGUUUAUUUACUGCGGAAAACUUAAAUUAUGCAUGAGUCAGUUUAUUAGAUGCACCUGUUUGUUUACUUGUAAACACAUAUAGUGAUUCAAUCAGUCCCACAGUAGCAACUCGACUUUUAGACAUCUGAGCGUGAUAAAUAUGACUUGUGUUUUUGUUGAGAAAGGUCAGAUGGCCUGCACCAGCAAAAGAUCGUCUGACAGAAAAGAGCUGGAAAAUAAGGUCGCAUUUCACAGAGACUCAUGAAAAUUAAACAAGGGAAAAAAUGAAGGAAAAAAAAGUUCCCUGGUCCAAAUAAUCUUGACUUCAUUUUCAGCACUCAGAUGUCUAGGCAAGGCACUUAGCCCCAAGUUGCCAACCGAUCUGCAUUUCAGCAUAGAAGAGUGUCUGUGCUUGUGAGUGUGAAUGUGGUGCUAGUGUACAGCGUUUUGAGGAGUCAGUAUGACUGAAAAAGCAGUAAUAUAAGCUCAGUCCAUUUGUCUUUUGAGGACCCUUAUUAUCAUCUGAACAUGUUUUAAACGCCACAUCCUACCUGAGCAAUGUUGAUAAUCAUGAUUCUUCUCGUAUGAGCACAGAGAAGAAACUUUUUCGAUCUAUACUUUCUGCCAGAAACUCCACAGUACAAAACACAAAUCAGACCAAAAUAGUUUCUAGACAAUGAAAGGUCUUCACUGCACUUCAAUGGCCUCCGCAGUCACCAGAUCUUAACCCAACAGGUAAACGGGAGAUUUUCAACAUGAACGUGAAGAUGACAAAUCUGCAGCAUGAUGUGAAGCCAAUAUAAAACAAAUUUUUCUGACACGUUUUUCUGUUUUCAAAUUUACGCUUUAUCGAAUUAUGGCAGUUCUCAAUGCAAAAUGGGCCCAACCUCAACCUUGUACCAGCAAAGGUUCAUCUAAUAAAGUGGCUGGUGAGUGUAGGUGACUUCAAUAUUUAAAAAAUGGCAAUAUUAUGCUUUAUCUUUAGAGGCGUGUUUUAAUCUGUCAAAUUCAGCUCCGUGUUGACACUUGGUCAAAUUUCCUUACGAAUACAGUGCACAAAUUAUUAAGCUGUUUAGAUGCUGGAUUUGACAUGAGAUACAAAGGCAAGAAACUAUUAGGCGUAACAGGCUAAAAAUUUAAAAGCAUUCUAUACGUGUCUAUACAAACAUGUGAUUAAAGACGAGGUUUUGUGAAGAAAAUAGGCUGUGGUUUCCCUUGUUUUUCCAGUGGUUGGUAGAUCCUUUAAAUUACUGAAGAGAGCCACAUGUGCCGCUUAUUGGCAUGAAGUGUGUUUGAUUUAAUAGAGUUUUCCAAAACAUUAGCUCUCCUCAAGUGGAAAAUCUUUUUAAUGAGAAGUGCACAAAACACGGUAAAUAGCCAUUAGACUUACUUUAACAGCUCCCACAUGUUUACUGUGUUUAUGAGGGGUGUGUCUGAGAGAGGAGAAGGUUGUUUGACUCGUUUCUGUAUGGGGGAAGAAACUGAGAAAGACCACCUGAGGUUUUCCUUCUCAAUUGUAUCUUUAAUAUGCUAUUUCCAUGGGCAAAACACAGAGUCAAAGCCGUGUAAAGGAUUAGCUGCAGCGAACAAAAAGAUGAACCACCUUCUUAUGUGUCUCCCUCCAACAAAUAAUCUCUACUACCCUGUCAUCAGCCUCCUGUGUCUGUCUGCUGUAGAGCGUUGCUGCCCCUGAUCCAUCUCCUGUUGUUACCUAAUUAUAUGAAGUCAUCAGACGGCUCCAGAUCUCAGGCUAUCUGUAUCAUCACACUGCUCUUUUUUACGCACCCCAAGUCCCUCGCAGAAACACAUUUUUCACUAAAAAUCAAAAUGUUAAAAGCUUUAGAAUCGCUAGAUUUAUUAUCUCUGCUCUUCCAUGGAGGUCCUUCCCUCACGCUCUUUAAUUAUAACUCUAAACUCCAUUAGAUGUCUGAUGUGUGUUUAAUGAAUGUUGGUGAGGCAUCCGUUAAGUUAAUUGCAGAUCAUUGAGAUAAUUUCAGUUAUUUAGAAAACCCGCAGCUUUUCCAACUGUUAUGAGGGUGGGGAGGGGGGGCGGAUUUGACUGCAGACUGAGUGAACAGGCAGAGCUGUGGUUAGCCUCAAAUAGAGCCCUGUGCUGCGGGACAACCUUUAUGGGAUUUACUGACAGUAAUGAUGCUCAUGAUGAGGUGUCAGAUUAUUGUUUUAGAAAGCUGAAGCUCCUUUUAUGCUUUUCCUUCUCUUUUAUGACAAACAGCCUUACAAACUGUGCUGAGGUUUAGCGUGGAGCCUCCUGUCUCCGGCUGACUGCCACCUGUUAAAUAAUAUGUUCUCUAUUUGUUGCUUUACCAACAGAGACGGCUUUGUUACAAUGAAACGUGACAGCUGCAUUCAUAAACUCGGCGCUAUUAUUAACUACACACCACGGCUAAUAUCAUACACUUUAACUACAGUUAAAAGAUAAUAAAAAGGUAUUUUUAUUUCCUGUAUCACACAGUCACACAUAAAACGUUUUGUGUCUGUACAUGAGAUACAGUAAACAUAUACUCAUGGGCGGUUCUAGACAGGGGCCAGCUGGGGCCCCGGUCCCUGCAGAACUAGUCCUGCCCCCUGUACUGAAGACACAAUACUAAAUCAAUUUUUUAGGAUGAAAACCAUAGCUAUUUGGUUCUUUGGACUAAUUAAAUUGUUUACCUUCACAAUUUUACUUUAAAAAUUAUUUUGAAAUGAAGCUGUUGCCCUUCAGCUUUGGCUGUAUUGAGACAGAAUCAGUUUUCAUCUUCUACAUCAGGGAUCAGCAAACUGCAGCUCUCAUGAACCAUUAACUGGGGACAAAUGCCGGUUUCCAUCGCUCCAACAUCAUCAGGCAAUGGUUUGUGACCCACAACUGGAUGCUGAUGGAGUUCCUCUCACUGCACUCCUCAUUCCUCAACCCCGUGGGGGAAUUUUCAAAGCAUGGUGGUGGAAAGUAAAGCAAGAUUGCACUGCAAUUCCUACAGCCUUUCAUGUACAGUUUUCCUUAAUAAUAUUGUCUUAUGUUCACAUUUCUACUUUUGUUUUCUUUUCUUUGUGCUGGGCAAUAAUUCUUUAAUAAAUUAAAAAAAUACUUUAUGAACUACAAAGAGAAAUAAAAUGUCAUUCAAAUUUCUCCAAAGAAUUGAUAGUGAUGAGUGAUGACUGUGGGCAGGAAUGAUAUCAUGUAGCAGUCUGUAAUACAGUGAAUCUGAAGAAGCCUCUGACUGAAGACACCAUGUCGUUAUAUAACAGUCUAAUGACGAGGAUGGUUAGUGCUAUCCAUAAUGUUUUUAAUAUUGCUAUAAUUCCCUCAUAAAACAAUAACAACUGUGUUGGACUCAAAGAUCCUGAGCAGUGGUGAGGACAUAUUUAUCAUUUAUACACGUGUGUAUAAUAAAACUAGCUGAUAUAAAAUGAGCUGUCAUCACAAUUAUCCUGAUAAGGAAGCCUAGUCAUAAUACAUCAUGUCUUUUAUAAGAUCAAAUACUGCAUAAAUGCAUUGUUGCUAUUCUGGAUAGAAAAAUUAACAACACAGAGCUUGAAACUGAUCAGUGGUUCACAUAAGCUGUUUUAGGUGCGUGAUAUAGACCAGAUAAACGAUGAUGAAUUACUCACAAAUGCCCUCACCGAGUUAAGCAAAAUACAAAGGUCAAGAAAACACAGCAGGUUUUAUUGGUGGGACUUUGCUCGUUUUUUUUUUUUUUUUUCCAUAGCAGAUGAACGAAGGGAAGCGUUCCUCACUGCAAAGCUGACAGCAGAAGCAGACACCAUGAUUCGGGUUUCUAUCAUAGUCGGCGUUUUGCUGAUGCUAAGUGUCAAUGCAAAGCCCUUGAAUAAACCUUCAGAUGAACACUUGGAGCAAAGGGUUGUGUUCAUUGAUGACAAAGGGAAGCUGUCCUGGGGAGCAGAGGUGGAGCCUCCAGAGGACAUGGACAGGAUUGAGUAUGAGGUCGACCCUCGUAUGAGGAUCUGGAACAGCGGACAGGAGAAACACUACCUGAAGCCCGAGGAGGAUCUGGAUGAGAUUUACCAUCCUUCAAUAGUCGAGCUCCAAGCUCAGGUCAGAGAGUUUGGAUACCAAGCUCAAGGGAAGGAAGACGACCAGCAUUCGCCUGCACAGAUGGAGCAGGUAGUUUAUCUGCAGCCUGAGGAAGACAUGGAUGACACUUACCACAAAGAGCCCCUCUUACCUGCCCUUCAACGAGACGUAGCUGAGGCUGCUGCUCCUGUUGACCUUCCCUCUCAAAGAAAGUACACCGAGCCAGAGGAAGAUCUGGAUGAUCUUUACCAUAGAAGGUUUGACAUGCCAGUCCUUCAACAAAAGGUAGCUGAGGCUCCGGUCGACAUUCCCUCUCAGAGGAAAUACACCAAGCCAGAGGAAGAUCUGGAUGGACUCUACCACCAGUAAUCCAGGCUUAGUAUUAAUUUAAAACAUGUCAGAUGCAACACACAGACGCAUCUGUGUAAUUUGAUUCUGUUAAACUGCUUUACAGUAACAAAUCAAUCACUAUCUCUUUUACAUUUCAUGUUGAUAGAAACGUUGUAUGCAAUCAUGAGAGACUUCAGGUUUAAUUUGAUGAAGAUAAGGAGAGAAGGCGUAGAGGAGAGAUAAAGUCAUAUCUACUGUAUAUGAGAGCAAUUAAAACAUAUUUUUCAUAUUAAUUGUAGAACAAUAAAGUAUUAUUUUUUUCUGAGCU